CGGUGUUAUAAGCCAGAACACAAACUAAACUUUUCACUCUAUUCUUUUGUAGAAAUUUUAAAAAGCGAGAAUGAGAGUCUGGGAAAAGAUUGCGAAGAACUUCAACAGGACCGGAAUAUUUUAAAAAGUGAGAAGAAUAAACUGGGAAAAGAAAAUGGGGGUCUUCUGGAUCAAAAUGAGACUUUAAAACAGGAGAAAGAGAAGGUUGAAGCAGAUUUUGAAGAACUUCGAAGGAAAACCAACAUGUGUGGCUAUGCCCUUGACAGAGAAUGGAAACUAAUAACUGAAGCUUGUGUCAAUGUGACUCUAGAACCCGACACAGCCAGCCCCAGCCUCACAGUCUCUGAAGACGGCUCACGAGUGAGAUUCACAGGGGAGAGAUCAGCAGAGUGGCCCAGUGUGCUGGGCAGGGAGGGGUUCACCUCAGGGAGGCACUACUGGGAGGUGGAGGUGGGGGAGAAGGGCUACUGGGUCCUGGGGGUCUCCACACACCCUCGUGAGAAGAGCAUACCUGAGAAACCAGAGAAGGGCUACUGGCUUGUGAGGCUGGUUAAAGGGAAGACCUGUACAGCUCUGAGCCAGUCAGUGGAUCAGACCUUAAAUCUGGAGAAGAUGUGCAAGAUGUGGGGGGUGUAUCUGGAUCACGAGGGAGGGAGGCUGUCGUUUUACAAUGCAGAGACCAGAUUUCACAUCCAUACUUUAGAAGGCUCAUUCCCUGGGCAGGUCUACCCCAUUUUCAGCCCAGGGUCACACGAUAAAGGACCCUUGAUAAUCAAUACAAAAGUGAAGAAUGUGUAGUCCUGACAAGAAGCCUGCUACACUAUAUAAUUUAUAUAUAUAUAUACAGUUAUGUGCUGUGGAUUGUAAUUGAAGGACAUAGAUAUUUUAACAACACAUUGACACCACGAUUUUAUUUGAAAUAUUUAGACUCGUAUUUCCUCAAUCAGAUAUCCUGCUUGCAUAUUCAUAUUAGAUUUGCUGGUUAAAGAGUGGUCUUGGUUUGUAUAGAAAAGCCACAUAUGAUGAAUGCUCUGAUGAAUCUGACUUGUGCUAUAUUGAUGCUAAUCUUCUUUUACAUUUUUUUCAAUGUAUUAUUUUACCAACUUUAUUAAAAAUAUAUAUACAUAAAUGUACUGAU